AUGGGCGUGUGGCCUUUUGGCUCCUCGGACCCACGCGGCGACGCCAUCCGCUCCGGCGCAGCCAUCCCCAACCGCUCCGAGCGCAAGGUCUGCUGGGCCGCCCGCGACGCCUACUUCGGCUGCCUCGACGCCCACGGCAUCGACGACCCCCUCAAGGACCCCAACCAGGCCGACCGCGUCGCCUGCCGCGCCGAGUCCCAGCAGCUCGACCAGGACUGCGCCGCCCAGUGGGUCAAAUACUUCAAGCAGUGGCGCGUUGCCAACCUGCAGAAGCAGCGUCGGCUGGAGGAGUUGCGCCGCCAGGGCGCCACGGAAAUGACCGUCACCACUACCUUUGCGCCAGAAGGUGGGAUCAACGAGAAGGGGGGCAAGGGCAUUGAUGAUAUACAGGGCAUGCUGGAGUCAAAGAGGAGAUAA